AUGAGACGACAGGCUGCAGGAGAGUCGCAGGGAGGGGAGGGGAAGGGGAGGAAGGGGGAGAGGGAGAGGGGGGUUGAGGAGAGUGGUAGUGUGAGUGGUGCAGCUGCUGUCAAAGUGUCCAUUGAUGAAGUAGAGGAUAUGGACACAAAAGAGAACACAGAAGAAGAUCCACUCGUGAAGCAGCCGAGCAUCAGUCAAGACAGUGAAGCACCAAAGCAGGAUUCUCUGACCCUAUCUGAAGUUCCCCUGACGAUGCUCCAGCUAUCCCCAGCACCCGGAGAUCAAGACUUUCUCUACCAUCUCGGAGAUAGGGAGGGUGUUUGCGACCUCUACGACCUCAUUAGUGACCCCUCCUCCCACCACCCUACCACCACUGCCACUUGAUAAAUUUUCAAACUGCCCGUGUUGUACUCCAGUCAUCACACUUUUAUAUACUCUACUUUUCCUACCGUUUCUCCCCUUUUCAGACAAAUUCUUUUUUAUCACAGUCACACAGCUUUCUACUUUUACUUUUCUACGAGUUUCUCGCUAUAACAAAAAUUCUGUUGUUUGUCACUACUGCUUUCGUUUUGCUCAUUUUUUCCAAAUUGCCUAAAAAUAUUUCUCCAUUGCCGCCUAAUUUGAUUGUCCUACAGUAAAACAAACUGCAUGAUUUACAAUAAUGAGUGUAACAAGUAUAAUAUAAUAUAUUAUAGAUGCAAAAAUCCAGCUAUAUAAUUAUGACACAUGUGGUUGUAGUGUUUGAUCACUCCAGGUUGUAGUGGAUGCAGGCCUGUUUUGCUGCAGACUGCUCUGCCGUCUUCUUGUUGGCGUAGCCCUUGCCCUGGAAGUGCAUGACCUCUCUGGUAAUCUCGUCUCUCAGGGUGACCUCUGUAACAAAGCGCCCUCCGUUCCCCUGCGAUGUGCUGUACUGAGGAUUGCUGCGGCCUUGCUUUGCCAGAAAUUCUUGCAGCAUUCCCUUGUAGUUUAUCGUUAUGUUCUCGGGCACAGCUGCAGUUCUUGCAGAGAAUCGACUGGUGAGAGGGCUCCUGAUGCUGGCUCCUCCCCCUACAAACGAGGCGGACGAUGCAGAGGACGAGGAUGAGGCAGAGGAGUAAGGAUGGGGAGCACUGUCUCCAUUGGUGGCAAAUCUGCUCCCAAGUCCACCCAUACUCCCGUUGGCUGCAGAGUAGGAUCCAUAUCUGCUGCCCAAAGAAGCCCCUGCACCAGCAUCUUCCCCUCCCUCCA